AUGGGUAGCACUGGAAGUGAUGUCUUCACUGAGAUAGGGUUUACAAAUUGGAAGAAAGGAUCCAAAAAUCUUCAAGUCCAUGAGGGAGGUGUUGGAAGUCUUCAUAAUAAAGCUGUACAACAAGCUAGAGAUUUGAUGACACAAAAACAACACAUUGAAACAUUUGUGAUUAAGCAAACCGAUGAAGCUCGCAUUAAUUAUCGUACUUUAUUGAGUGCCUCACUUGAGUGCACAAGAUGGUUGUUGGGACAAGGUUUGCCUUUUCGUGGCCAUGAUGAAUCGUUGAAAUCAAGCAAUAGGGGCAAUUAUUUGGAGCUUAUGCAAUUUCUUUCCAAGCAUAAUGAACAAGUUAGGAAGGUUGUGUUUGAGAAUGCUGCUCCCAAGAAUCUUAAGUAUACUUCUUCCGAUAUUCAAAAAGAUCUUGUCCGUGCUUGUGCCAUUGAAACUGUAGGUGCAAUCACUAAAGAUAUGGAAGCCGUGGUGGAGGUGGUUGAAUGGAUUAAAAGUGAUCGCAACCAAGAUAAUCUCGGUGAAGCAACUAGGUUAUUCAAAGACAUACAAACUUUUGAUUUUACAUUUCACCUUUUCUUGAUGAGACUUAUAUUGGGAAUUACAAAUGAGUUAUCACAAGCAUUGCAAAAGAAAGAUCAAGAUAUUGUGAAUGCAAUGGCGUUAGUGGAAGUAUGCAAGCAAAGACUACAAUCCUUGAGAGAUGAUGACUUUGGGGACUUGCUUCAUGAUGUAGAAAAGUUUUGUGAGGCUAACAUGGAGGAUUUGCAUUUCGUAUCUGGAAAAUCAAGGCGUAAAGCUCCAAAAAUCACAAACUUCCAUUACUAUUGUGUGGACCUUUAUUUUCAAGUCCUUGAUAUGCAACUAAAGGAGUUGAAUGAUCGCUUCAAUGAGGUAAACACCGAGUUACUUCUUUGUAUGGCAUGUUUGAGUCCGGUGAAUAAUUUUGCAUCUUUUGACAAAGCAAAAAUUGUUCGUUUAGCCCAACUUUAUUCUCAAGAUUUUGAUCGUAUGGACCUCAUGAAUCUUCCAAUUCAACUUGACAACUACAUUCAUGAUAUGAAGAUGCAUAGUGAGUUUUCAUCAUUGAGAGGAAUUAGUGAUCUUGCACAAGAGUUAGUGAAGACCGGGAGUCAUGAAAACGAUAGGCCAUAUCUGGUUUCCUGUUGA